AUGUUUUCUUCCGUCUGCUACGCUGCAGCGGCCAUUUUGUUUGCCAAUUCCGCAUACUCUUCGUACCAGUUCCACCAGCUGGGCGACGCUCUGCCGCUGGACGUCCAGCUGGAGGCCGGUUUGGCGUGCGUGCUUGUUCUCGUGGGCUCUCUGGCCGGGGUGCCGCGUCCAGCGCCCAAACACGACAUCGUCACAGGCAAGGAGGUGAGGGGACACAGCCAGGAGCCGCUCAAGUACAUUUAUAUGGAGAAAGCAACAGAGGAGCUGGAGGUGCAAGGGGUGGCGUUGUUUGAGGAACUGGUCAACCGACCAGGAUACCUGACAUUAAAACAAAAAAGAGACGAGUUCGCCAAAUGGGCAAACCAAUGA